AUAUCUAAGGUUCUAGGUACUUUUGUUCAGAAGGUGCAGGGAUUUAAAAAUGCGUCCUCGAAGUUCACCAGCUCAGUCACUGAGAGCAAUCGCAUACUACCUUCCAGAAAUAAAGAUACUGAUUUCCAGCUUCGUAUUGACGCCGGUUAUUAUGAUUCUACUUCGAAAGGUCUGAACGUGGUUCUACAAGUCAACUCUCAAGCAAAAAGUCCAGCUUUAAGAGACUGGGCCAGAAAAAACAAAACCCACACCAAGCUUGCAACUGCAACGUUCGACACAGCAGCAGUUAAUAAAAAUACCAAAUUUCAGAAAGUACUUAAAGCCCUAGUGGCAGAGGGGAAAAGUAAGCUUGGCUAG